AGUAGAUGCUGAGCGGCGGCAGCACCGGGUUCCUGUAUUGCUGUUGUUCGCGGCAGUUUGCAGCGCCCGCGUCCCCGUCGCGCUCCCCGAUGCAGCCGCGGCGCCCUGAGGGCUUCGAUGGGUUGGGCUACAGGGGGGGCGGCCGGGAGGAGCCGGGCCCCGGGGCCAAGCUCUACAGCUCCUCCUCGGACCUGAGCCACUGGGUCUCCAGUCCCCCCGACAUCCCGGGCAGCCGCAACCUGCACUGGGGGGAGAGGACCCCGCAGUACGGGGCCGGGCCGGCCGGAACCCCCCUCGGGGGAGUCGGCCUCAACGACGAGCCGUACCCUGCCGGCGCCGGCACCAGCUCCGAGCAGUUGAAUAGAUUUGCAGGCUUUGGUAUUGGCCUUGCCAGUUUAUUUACAGAAAAUGUGUUGGCACAUCCUUGCAUUGUUCUACGUCGCCAAUGUCAGGUUAAUUAUCACGCCCGGAAUUAUCAUCUCACUCCAUUUACUAUUGUCAAUAUUAUGUACAGCAUCAAUAAGACCCAGGGUCCAAGAGCUCUUUGGAAAGGAAUGGGGAGCACUUUCAUAGUUCAGGGCAUAACCCUUGGAACAGAAGGCAUCAUCAGUGAAUUUACACCUUUGCCAAGGGAACUUUCACAUAAAUGGAGCCUCAGACAAAUAGGAGGACACCUUCUACUGAAAAGCCUAACCUAUGUGGUAGCAAUGCCUUUUUAUUCAGCAAGCCUGGUUGAAACUGUGCAGAGUGAAAUCAUUCGAGAUAAUCCUGGAAUCUUGGACUGUGUGAAAGAAGGGAUUGGCAGAGUGAUUGGCAUGGGAGUGCCCCAUAGCAAACGGCUCCUCCCCCUUAUGGCCUUGACCUUUCCCACUGUUCUACAUGGAGUUCUUCAUUACAUCAUCAGUUCCAUCAUCCAGAAGUUUGUUCUGCUUGUCCUAAAAAAGGAGAAUUCCCAGAGCCUUCCAACAGAGAGCUCCAAUUCUGUGCAGAGUAUGUUGGAUGCUUAUUUUCCAGAACUUAUAGCUAGCUUUGCUGCCAACCUUUGUGCUGAUGUCAUGAUUUACCCACUGGAGACAGUUUUACACCGCCUUCAUAUUCAGGGAACACGCACAAUAAUUGACAAUACAGACCUGGGCUAUGAAGUGCUUCCAAUCAAUACUCAGUAUGAGGGAAUGAGAGACUGCAUCAAUACUAUAAAGCGGGAAGAAGGAAUGCUGGGUUUUUAUAAAGGGUUUGGAGCUGUUGUUGUACAGUAUACACUGCAUGUGGCUGUUUUACAGCUCACUAAAAUUAUUUACUCCUCGCUGCUUCAAAAUGUUGCUUAAAAGUACAUUCAUAUAUUGAUUAGCAUUGGGGACAUGAUCUGGUCACUUAAUUAAUUAUGGUAAAAAGAGAUGGAUAGGAAAAUGAAAUCUAAAAGAUGAGAAUCUGUAGUAGUGGUUUCUCUUUUUGAAAUCUGAAGUGUUCAUUUAAAAACUGGAAUUUGAAUUUCAAAAUGUCCUAUUUAAGAAGUACUCCAUAAAAUUAAAACAAGGACUAUUACUAGAAUUCGAAUAUCUUAAAAUGUGAACUAUUAUGUGGAAGAGAAUCAUAAUUUAAAAUGGGCAAAUUCAUAUAGAGGAUAUAUAUGAUUUAUCUCAUUUCAGUAUAGAUAACCUUUGCUUCUACCUGUAGACUGACAUGGAAAAUGGCAUUUCCAAUGGCACUGUUCACAUGCGCUAUAUGAUUAAAGGACAAAUAGUCAUCGUCAUCUUUGGCAAUUAAUUUCUUCUGAUAAAUAAAGGGGUUUGGAUUCAGAACUAAUAUGCAAAAUAUCUGAGGAUUUAAUGGUCUUUCAAAAACCUGUGUUAAGCUUUACUAUUAAUGUGGUUAGGUCAGGAUGAUAACUAAAAAAAAAUCUUGUUCUUCCAUAUUUUUUCUCCACAUUGUUUUUUCAGUUUACAGAUACAAACAAGACUUUCACAGCUGCAACAUACAUCUGGGGGGAAAUAUAAACUAAAUGUUUUAUGCUUUGUCCAUCACCCAUAGCAAAUUAUUUUCUAAUGAGAAGUUUGUCGUCUUGGUAUGUGCAAGGUGAACUAGAAUACACUACCAUAACCACAGUUUGAGAGAUUUGUUUUCCAAGGUAUUUUUGUGUAAAAGAAUAAUCAUGAGACAUGAUUUUAGUACCCAUGUUCAAAUAAUACUCUGAAAGCAUAAAAAGAUUAACUGGUCUUUAUUUUCUAUAGUUACUCUUCUGUUAGAUUGAAAUGCCUGGGAAAGAGUUGCAAAUGCAAUGACUUGGUCUUCAGAGUCCUUUGUCUUCCGUAGAGCAGCAGUCUACUUAAGACAGCCUCCACUUAUGAUUUUGCACUUAAGUCCUUGCUUAAAAAUGUGUUUGGUGGAUUAAAUAUUUGAUGGGCAAUAUUCAACUCUGUUUCACAAUUAAUAUGUAAUGUUUGAUGACUACUGAAAUUUAUUUUUCCUCCUCCCUUCCCCCAACGUCCAAACCAAGCUUUUCAGUCUUUAAAAAGUUUUGAUUGUUCUGAAUUGUUAAUUUGCUGCUUGGUUUCCAAAAUAGAUUUCAUGAAGAUGUUUAAAAAGAGAUGUUUUAACAAGUAAACCAGAUGAGCAUGUUAAAAGAAAAUUACUUUUAAACAAUAUGAAAGGUUAUUGCCUUUCUUAUAAAUUAACUUUUGUGGUAGAUGUCUUUGUAUAUCUUUGUGAAUAUGGUAAAUUGAUGUGUAUUUAAUUGAUCAAUCUUAAAAUGUACAGUAGUUUUUAUUUAUGGAAAGUAGUCAUGACAGAACUAUGAACAGCUUUGACUCAACUGCAAUGACUUAUGAAUUGACAUAUUUUGAAAAUAAUUUGGCUUUGCUUACAGUUAAACUUAUUUCCAUUUAUUUUAAGCACAUAAGUGUUCAAAUGGAAAGUAUAGUAAACUUGGGACCUGAGACUUUAUUUUGAGUAUUUUUUUCUGCAAGUUUAGUGUGUAAAAUGGGAGCAAUCAGAUAACAUAGAAAUACAAUGUAAGAAUUUUGAAAAAGUAAUUUACCAAAGAGAUACCUAAAAUGUAGUACAUAAAUCAGAGCUCUGUCCUGUAGGCUUUCCAUUUAUAUGUGUAUUUUAAAAGUGCUGUAAUAUUUCAAGGUUCCUUUUUUAAAAGUAUUCUACAAAUUGAGAAAUCUCAAUAAAACUCAAGACAACAACA